CCCAUUGCUGCGGCGGGUGGAGGCGGAGAGCUUGCGAGGGGGGCUUCGCUUCCCCCUCCCCCCGCUCAGCCCCUUCCCGGCAGCGCCCCCUUCUCCGCGGAGCCCGGCGCCUCCCGUGGUGCGGGGGAGGCGUGACCAGCUACGGCGGGGCAAACGGGAGCUGCUGGCUGCGCGUCCCACUGGAGGGGCGAAGAUGGCGCUGAACGGCAGCAAGCGGCCCCCCAUCCUCCUCUUCCUGCUGGCUCUGGCUCUCCCGCUAGCGCCGCCAAGCCGGGCAGCGGACACCGCGCUGCCCCCCAUCCCCGCAGAUAAACUAUUAGUUCUAACUGUAGCAACUAAAGAAACAGAUGGCUUUCACCGCUUCAUGCAAACUGCAAAGCACUUCAACUAUACAGUGAAGGUUCUUGGUAAAGGUGAAGAGUGGAAAGGUGGAAAGUUAAUUAACUCUAUUGGAGGAGGACAGAAAGUGCGAUUGCUGAAAGAAGGAAUAGAAAGCUAUGCUGAUCAAGAGGACUUGGUUGUAAUGUUUGUUGAAUGCUAUGAUGUUAUCUUUGCGGGUGGCCCUGAAGAGAUGCUAAAGAAGUUCCAGCAAGCUAACCAUAAAGUAGUAUUUGCUGCAGAUGGACUAAUAUGGCCCGAUAAAAGAUUAGCAGACAAGUAUCCCGUUGUCAGGAGUGGAAAACGAUUCCUUAAUUCAGGAGGAUUUAUUGGUUAUGCUCCCCAUAUAAACCAAAUGGUACAGCAAUGGAACCUGCAGGAUAAUGAUGAUGACCAGCUGUUUUAUACCAAAAUCUAUAUUGACCCACUGCAGAGGGCACGUAUUAACAUUACUUUGGACCACAAGUGCAGAAUUUUCCAGACCCUGAAUGGAGCUGUUGAUGAAGUUCUUCUGAAAUUUGAAGAAGGAAGAGUAAGAGCUAGGAAUUCAGUGUAUGAGACGCUGCCCAUCACUCUGCAUGGAAAUGGCCCCACUAAAAUUUACCUCAAUUACUUUGGAAAUUAUAUCCCUAAUGCUUGGACACGUGAAACUGGAUGUGGUGUUUGUGAUUUAGAUGUACUAGACCUAUCAACGGUUACAGAACAUCCAAGGGUUACAAUUGGUGUUUUCAUUGAACAACCAACUCCUUUCCUACCUAAAUUUUUAGACAGACUGUUGACUCUGGAUUACCCAAAGGAACUACUUAGUAUCUUCAUUCAUAAUAAUGAGGUUUAUCAUGAAAAGCACAUCAAGAAAUUUUGGGAGAAAGCCAAGAAGGCUAUCAGAAGUAUAAAAAUUGUUGGACCUGAGGAGAACCUGAGUCAAGCAGAAGCCAGGAACAUGGGAAUGGACCUUUGUCGCCAGAAUAAAGCAUGUGACUAUUACUUCAGCAUAGAUGCGGAUGUUGUGCUGACAAACCCGAAGACUUUAAGACUUCUGAUAGAGCAAAACAGAAAGAUAAUUGCCCCACUUGUAACUCGCCAUGGGAAGCUAUGGUCCAACUUUUGGGGUGCUUUGAGCCCUGACGGCUAUUAUGCUCGCUCAGAAGAUUAUGUGGAUAUUGUCCAAGGGAACAGAGUAGGAGUCUGGAAUAUCCCUUAUAUGGCUAAUAUAUACUUAAUUAAAGGACAGACUCUCAGAUCAGAGAUGAGAGAGAGAAACUAUUUUGUUCGUGAUAAGUUGGAUCCUGAUAUGGCACUCUGCAGGAAUGCCAGGGAAAUGAGUUUACAAAGGGAAAAAGGCUCCCCUUCUUCGGAAACAUUCCAUAUGCUCAGACCCCCAAAGGGUGUCUUUAUGUACAUUACCAACAGACAUGACUUUGGGAGACUUAUUUCAACUGCCAACUACAAUACCUCCCACUACAACAAUGAUCUCUGGCAGAUUUUUGAAAAUCCUGUGGACUGGAAGGAAACCUAUAUAAAUCCCAACUACUCAAAGAUCUUCACUGAAAAUCUAGUGGAACAGCCAUGCCCCGAUGUGUAUUGGUUUCCCAUAUUUUCGGAGACUGCCUGUGAUGAACUGGUAGAGGAAAUGGAACAUUAUGGACAAUGGUCUGGAGGAAAACAUCGUGAUAGUCGUAUAUCUGGAGGUUAUGAAAAUGUCCCAACUGAUGAUAUUCACAUGAAGCAAAUCGGGCUGGAUGGUGAAUGGCUACAUUUCAUUAGAGAGUUCAUUGCACCAGUAACACUAAAAGUCUUUGCUGGCUAUUAUACAAAGGGACAUGCCAUGCUGAAUUUUGUCGUAAAAUACACUACAGACAGACAGCGUUCCCUCAGACCUCAUCAUGACUCCUCUACGUUUACCAUCAACAUUGCUCUCAACAAAGUAGGAAGAGAUUUUCAGGGAGGUGGAUGUAAAUUUAUUAGGUACAACUGUUCCAUUGAGUCACCCAGGAAAGGAUGGAGCUUCAUGCAUCCAGGAAGACUCACUCAUUUACACGAAGGACUUCCCAUUUUAAAUGGAACAAGAUACAUUGCAGUAUCGUUUAUCGAUCCCUAACUUUAUUUUCCUGCUUCUUCAAAACCAGUGGCUGGUUCUUUGACAUAAACUCUUAUUUAUACUUUUCCUCCCAGAAGAUGGUGAUAAAAGAAACUUUAAAUUACUUCCUCUAGACAGCAGCUUUACUUUGAGCUAAGAGAUUGAAAAAACAACUUUAAAAAAUGUUCGACACUUCCAAAUGUCUGCUCUGAACCUUAAGUCAAAGUAAAAAUGUUCUUAUUUUUGUACUCUGCUGUCUUGAAGGGUGGCGUGGGGAGGGAAAAUAGAAAUGCAUUUUAAAAUGAAUCAUUUUUUUUCUGUUAUGAAAAAUUCCUAGAUACAAAAUUAUCUCCAAAUCUUGUGGUUUUUAUUCAGUAAAAUUAUGCAGAUAAAGUUGUGUGUUGUGCAUAUUUUAUAACUACCAAUAGAAGAACCACACCUAGAAUUAGCAUCAAGUGACUUCCAUAGCCUAGCAGAAUUGCACACAAAUUUUGGCUUUAAGCAAAAGCAUAUUUUGUGUGCUGAUGUGCACUUCAGCAACACCCCAGUAAAACUUUUUAAAAAUGUUUAGUUUAUAUUAAAUAUCAACAUCUAUAUCCUCAUAAAGAAAAUAUGCAUUGCAGAGUUUGAGGAAUAGAUUGAAGAAGUUUGAUUUAAAAAAA